AUGCGGCUAAAUUGUGAAGUAUCAAUUGUAAAUCGAUUAGGCCCUUCGUUUAGUAUGCGAAAUUCAAGCAAACCGGCCCGUGCUUCUUUGGCAAUCGGGCGCAAAGAAUCUUCCAAGAUUGCUGGAGGUACUGCAGAGAAGACCGUGUUUCUUCUGGUUUGCACUGCGAAAGAGAAAAAUGGAGCAAGAUACAAGGUUUUUACAACGUUGAUUUAAUCUAAAGCUAGUAUUUCAAGUGAUCUUUAAUAACGUUAUGAUUUCUCGAUAGAUCAAAGAAAAUCUUCAGCAAGUCUUCUCAAAGUUCGUCGAAAAAGGAAAAGCAACAAUUCGUUUCAAAGAGCCUCCACAUGAUCUGCUCAUAAACAAGGUAAAAGCAUAUGAUUUCUCCUUACCUUGUCUCUGCAUAACAGGUAUUACAAUGAAUGAGAAUCGAGGAUAUGAUCCAAAAAUGCUCAGGGCUGUCAACCCCACGCUCAGCACUGAAAAGAAAAGGCGCUAUAUAAAUAUCAUUUUUAUUAUUUAUUAUUAUUAACACAAGGGAUGAUGACGUCAUAACGUACAGCACAUGACGACAUUUGUGCAAAAAGUUAAUACCCAUCGCUACAAAUUUACGAUGACACAGAAUGCUCGAAAGAGAUGUUGGCAUGUAACAUUUGAGCGGGUCGGUGUGAUGUCCUGGCGAUUUUUACCGACUGUAGAUCUACAUGUAGAUGUGAUUGGUUUACUUCCCAUCAAUUUCAUUAUUGCUUAUAAUUUAUUACAAUGGCAUACUGGAGUGUAUGAUUGAUGUUAACAGUAAAAUAGCUCAAACAACGCCAAAAAGAUGAAAUUUUAUUCCGGAAAGUCUAGCAAACUUGACGAUUAUCCAGGAGAUUUCAGGCUCUAAUCUGGAGAGUGGGAGAUACAGUCCAAAAUCUGGAGUCUCCCAGAUUAUCCGGGAGAGUUGACAGCAACAAGUGCUGCAAGAUUUUUACAGCAAGCUAAAGAACCCAAAAGUGUGACUUCAUUUACUUAAUUCAGAUCCUUUCAUACAGACAUUAACCAAUCAGACGUCGAGGAUAGUUUCCAGCUGCCUUCUGAUUGGAUUAAAACUGUACAAAAGAACGUGAAUAAAUUAAAAGAAGUGUCACUUUUGGGCUUCUUGCUGAAAGUGGAAGAGGGAGAAGGACUGGUUGUCCUGUCCUUGAGGUAUUAGGGUAGUCUCCCUCGCAGCUAUUUCGAGUGUCAUCAUGAGGAGGUAUGAAGAAAAGGAAGGCCUGCAACUGAGAAAAAUACUUUUUGACCCUUUGACUCUCUGUUUGGUCCAAAAAUAGGGUGGUGGGCAUUUCCCAUUUAUAUGCCACUCCUUUUGUUGAGAGAGAUGUUGUACAGUUUGUUGUAUUUUUCACAACGUCACAAAGAAAAAGUCUGAGGGUUGCCGCAAAGAAAAAUUAUUAAUUUUCUGAGUUCCUUACUUGAUAUGAAUGUGAAGCCUCCCAGAACACUGACCACCCCUGAGCUGUACAGAACUCAUGAUGAACUCAACUAGAAACAUGUUCUGACAACUGUUAGCUUCACAGGCUCAUUUUGUGAGGUGUAAAAAUAAUAAACAUCUCGCCUUCUGAUGGUACACAAAAUUUAUUGCUGCGGAGCGACCGAAGGGAGCGAGCAGCAACAUAAUCAGGAUUUAAAGGACAUAUAUAAGGGGCGACGAAUUCUCGAAUUCAUCACUUUUUACCACAAUGCAUUGCAUUUAACCACACUUUUUACCACAAUGCAUUGCAUUUAACCAGAGUAUAUUGCGCCAUGAACAACUCAAAUAAAAACAUGCACGGGGAAGUUGGGUGGGUGAGAGCUAGAGUGCAUCGUUCGCUGCUCAGACUCAGAGUUUUCUUUGUGGCAAAUUUUCUAAAGCACGGUUAGAGGUCUUACCAAAUUUUAAGACACGCAGGAGUCUUUCGGAUGAGUACGAUGGUUAACUUGGGGAUUGGAUUUCAAUUCAAGAGCCUUGCUAGAAGGUGAUGUGAAAGUGAGAAAAUGUCAUGCAGUGCUAUUCUUAAGAAACUGUAUGAGCCGAAAAUGGAUGUAAUUUUGACCAUUCGCUUCAAAAUAACAGCGGAAAUCGAUAUAACAAACAUAUGUUUUUUGUCCUACUUUGCCGACGAGGACGUGUAUCGGCGUUUUGAAAAGCAUAAUUAUGUUCUUUCAUUUAUUCAUUGCCAUGGAAUAUGCGUUUGCAUUGUUUUUUCACUGUUAAUAUCUCGGUUAAUGCAGCUGGCGAUGAUCUUGCCGGCGGAAGUUUCAUGGAAAAGGAAUAAAAUGAAAGACUUUUCCCAACAAUUACGUAACCAGCCUCUGUGGUGUAGUGGUUAGGUGUAGUCGCGUCGAGCCGAAGGUGAAGGGUUCAAGUCCUACCGAAUUCUUUACUCCUUCUUUCUUUUUUUUUUCCAUUUUUUGUGUCAUUGUUUUCUAUAAAUAUGUAGCUAAAUAACUGUUACUUAAUAAAGUGCAACAAAGAGCAAGAAAAGUAUUGUGUUUUCAGAGAAAAUAUCGUGCACCGUAUAUUAAUUAUAUGGAUAAACAAUCUGAAUUUUUAUUAUUUCCUACAAUUUACUGUGGGAAAACCAGGGUUAUAACCACUUGAUCAUUUUCUAAACAACGUUCCCGCGAGUUCUUUCUAUAGACUGGUAGUAAUUAUUCUAGUACCGGUACUUUCCAACAUGUAAAUAGGACAUUCAAUGUCAUUUUCGAUUCUUUUAAGUCCCACUGCCUAACUAAUGUCAGUAUCAACAGAAUGUGCCGCAGCAUUACUAUCUUUUAGAUACCCUAGUAUUAUAAUAAUAUUGUUGUACAGUGAAACAUGGCUUGGUUUACUUUUACAUGCAACUGAAAAAUUACACAGAAAAAGUAGAAAGCAGUGGUAAUUUGUUCAAAACUUGAGUGGAAAACUUCUUUUUUAGGCUGAUCCAUCAAGCCUCAAAUCAUUCCUGUCCAUUCUUAAACUUGGAGACAAGGAACUACAAAAGGUGAAACUGAUGGGUCUGACACCUGCCAAAGCAUCAGACAUUGAAAAACCUAAAACUGAAAUGACAAUCACGAGACGCAGUGAUUAUCCCCUUGGAAAACCUUUUCCAAGCACCCUGAACAAGUUAUCCAUUAGCAACUGUGCACUACUGCGGAUAGAGGCGCGCAUAUUACAGAUUAAAAGUCUGGCAUGUUUAAACUUUGCCAAUAACCAGUUAAAGGAAAUUCCAUGCAGAAUGGCGAGACUGUCAACGUUAUCUGAACUGGUUCUACAUGGGAAUAGGAUUAGAGAGUUUCCUACAGCACUGUGUAAUGGAGUAAUAACAUCAUCUUUGAGGCUGUUAGAUCUCAGCCAGAAUGAAAUCAAGCUGCUUCCUGUAGCUUUUUCCAACUUCAAAAACCUUGUUCAUCUUAAACUUGAUAGAAACCGGCUUCAUAUGCUACCAGUGAAUAUUGGAAAGCUGUCAAGUUUACGCUUCCUCAGUGUAAGUCACAAUCAGCUCACAGUUUUGCCCCACAGUUUAUCUAAACUAAAACUGGAAUCAGUGGAUGUGUCUGAGAACCCAUUUCUUCAUCAAAACAACUGGAACAUUGUCAACAAAUUAGCUGUGCCCUCAUUACAGGAGUGUUCUGGGAUUGCUGUAAAAAAGCACAGGUAAAAUAAUAUUUUUAUUUUAGUACUUUAGUACUUGUUGUUGUUUUCUUUGUACAUGUAUUGUAACCAAAUAAAUUAAUUCAAUAAUUCAAUAAGCGUGUAGAUAAUGACUUAGCAUGCGUUACAUGUAUUAGGAAAAGUAAUUUAUGAAUCACAACUUAGCCAAUAAAAGUACAGUAAGUGUAGCCUAAAAUGGUUUCUUAUUUCUCCGUGUGCCCUAAAACCUGACCAGGUGGGGAGGGGUAGUGUAGGUGGAGUUUACCUCCUUAGUAACAAGCCACCCACUACAUAAGGUUCUGAAGUGGGUGACUGGACACUACAUCUAACAACCAAUUGAAAAAAAAUGAUUUUACCAAAGACUGACUAAUGAUAUAACAGUUUCUCAGCAUUAUUGGUAAGCCUGUACUGUCAGGACAAAUAAAUAUUGUUUAGGGCUCACAAAAGAAAUCUUGUUUGAUCGUCUGUCACUUAAUCAUUCCUGACUUAGACGAGGAUGCAACACUUGAGCACUUCUUGCCCUUAGAAUGAGCUUGAAUUAAGUACAUUUUUAAGCUUUGUCAUUGGAUACUGGCCAUUGUUAAGGAUUUAUAUUACUGAACUAAGUACUUGUCCCUGUUUUAGGUGGUCAUAUUCUUCAGAAAUCAUUCCUCUGUCUCUUUGUGUGUUUCUGGACAGUGCAAAACAGUGUCUUUGUGGAAACUACUGUUUUGCAUCUUGUAUUCACCACAUUGUGACUAUCAACAUUCAACAACUUGCACAUACAGUAGUGUCUGUGUGUUCAACCCAAAACCACAUACCUGCUGAGGGGUUUCUCUGUUCCAGAAAGUGCCUUCAAAGAUUACAAAGCAGCAGGACAGGGCAGUGGAGGUAG